GCGUGUCAUUUGUAUGGGUGAAAAUACAUCCCAUACAAACUAUGCAAUCCCAAUUGAAAUGCAGUGCGCGACCCCCGUGGGAUGAAGGUGGAGAUCGAGGAGUCGAUUCUCAGCAGGAGGGAAGUCUUUGCAAAGCUCGCAGCUUUUCAUCCAUUGGAGCUCCAUUUGACAAAUCACUUCCAUUGUAAUACUCUUGGUGGAAAUCGGUGGUGGAAAUACAACCUUGCGACUGGGAUCUCAGAAUGAUCAGAGCACCUGAAGAUCCAGUGGACCAGCCGAGUCCUUUCUACUACAUGUCUCUGAGAAUGCAAGAUGUCACUGGUGAUGGUGGUGUGUUAAAGGAGGUUCUCCGACAUGGAUCGGGCAGAAUUAUCCCACUUACUGCAUCAGUCUCUGUUCAUUACAGUGCGUACAGUGAAUACACCGACAAGCCCUUUGAUUCCAAUGUGCAGAGGAAUAUGCCAAGGUUCAUGAAGAUCGGCCAUGAUAUAACGCUGCUUGGUAUGGAACUAGCAAUGCCUACAAUGAAAAAAGGCGAGUUCUCCCGCUUUCUCUUUAAGCCACAAUAUGCAUAUGGGGUAAUGGGCUGUCCCCCGCGGAUCCCACCGAACGCCACUAUAAUGUUUGAAAUGGAGGUCCUGGAUUUUCUGGAUACAGUGGAGUCCGAUGAAUACUUCUCUAUGUCACAGGAAGAGCAGGUUAAAUACCCUUUGGACAAACUGCCGAAUGUGGCCAAUACAGAGAGGGAGUUGGGGAACCAUUUCUUCCACCAGAAACGAUACGAGGAUGCAAAGGACCAGUACAAGAAGGCCCUGUCCGUGUUUGCCAACCGCCAACCGGCUAAUGAGGCCCAAAACCAGAAAUUUCACUCCUCCAAACUGUUGCUGUUCCUGAACCUCUCCAUAAUCUACUUGAAGUUGGACUUACCAAGCCGUGCACUGGUUUAUGGGGAGAGGGCUUUACAGAUUGAAAGCAAACAUCCCAAGGCACUGUUCAGGUGUGGCCAGGCCUGUAUGCUGCUGCUGGAGUACGACAAAGCCAAAGAUUUCCUCAUUAAAGCACAGAAACUGGAGCCGUUCAACCCGGACAUCAACUCUGCCCUGGUGAAGCUUGACGGCUGUUUUCGAGAGUGGAACUUGAAGGAGAAGGAAAUGUGCAGCAGGAUGUUUGCUGCUUCGAAACAUGCGACAGUGAAAGACUAAGGACUCCAGCAAAUCUGAUGAAGGCCCAGUGAAGGAAUGGAAUCUGUUUGUACAGUAAAUAUUAAACCUACAAAUGUUUCGAUUGGAAGCAUAAUUCAAUAUGUUAACGUAUUUUGGCAAAGCUGGUUAAUUGUUUUCUAGGCAACCCGCAUGUUUCGGGCGGCACCUCUCCUGUUCCUGAGAAAUAGUUGGGACAAUUUAAAAGAGUGUCAACUAACUAUGUAGUUUUGGACGUCUAGCACUGCACAUGCACUCUGUCAGUUUCUUGAGCAAUCAUUGUGAAGUGGAAAAACUGAGCUGCUCAAUUGAAACUGCAGUGUUCAAUAUUUUGUGAUGGGGACCAAGCUCCUUGGAUAAUUUGAUUUUUUUUCCUUAAUAAAGCCACUGGUUGGUGGUAUCAUUUAGAUUUUAAGUGCGUACGUAUAUGCUGCUAGUGCAAUGGACAUUUGCUCUCACACUGGUAGAGAGGCACCAGUAACCUCAAAGGAGUGAAUCAGCUGAAAGCUGGCAGUCAUUUUUCUGUGUAUAUUCUAUUGUGGAGAGGUAUGUUUAAUUUUGGUUUAAAUAAACAGUACGGUUACUUAAAGUUGUCUGGCCUUUGCAAAGCUUCAAUUGAAUAGAUAAACUACACACAGCUUUGAAUUCAUAUCAUGGGUCAUCUCUGUGAAGUGGGUCCCAUUAUAAAGAAGCAGAAACAAAGAACUGCAGAUACUGGUUAAUACACAAAAGGACACAAAGUGCCGGAGUAACUCAGCGGGUCAGGCAACAUUUCUGAAAAACAUGGAAGGUGAUGUUUCAGGUCAAAAUCCUUCUUCCUAUCCAUGUUCCCCAGAGAUGCUGCCUGACCUGCUGAGUUACUCCGGCACUUGGUACUUAACUGACCUUAUUUUAACCUUUUAUUUUCCAGACUUUUAAAUAUUUUAACCCGUUUAAUUUUUAUUUGAGAAGCAACAUUUGAGACGGAAAGUUUGGCUCGGUCAUGACCUUCUCCCACCUCACUGCCAUAAUAUCUACCUGCCACCUCAGAUGACCAGUGGAGAAGCUAUCAGUGCCUUUUGUACACUCUUGUACAUUCUCCCAACCAUUUCUCAACUGAAAGUAGUCGUCUGGAUAUUUCUAUUCUGUGCCUAUGUACUUUAGUUAACUCUCAGUUUGUAAGUAUCGUGACUAAUUCGGAGACCUGCUAUCUCAGCCCACUUUUGCUGAAUUUAAAGUGAGAAACAAAAUGUAUCCAGUGUGACCCCUAGAAUAACUGAUUCCCAAAAUUAUAGUGAAGAUAGACACACAAAGCUGGAGUAACUCAGCGGGACAGGCAGCAUCUCUGGAGAGAAUGAAGGAAUCAUCGGGUGGAACAUUCCAAUUCAGAUUAGUUUAUUGUCAUAUAUACCAGAGUGCAAUGAAAUUCCUUGUUUGCACGUAGCUCAUAUAAUAAACAAUGCACAUGACAAUGAUGAAUAAAAUAAUAAAUACAAUACAGUGGCGCUGGCCUGUGUGGAAAGGAUGGGAAAUUGCACAUCGCUUUAACGAAUCGGAUCAAGGGGCUUAAACACCUUAAAAUCUCCAACAAUUAAAACUAAAUGAAAGUGGAAUCCAUGCAAUAUAUUUUGAAACUGAAUAACAUUUCAUAUUAAAGGAAGCCUACACUUGUAAUAAGAACAUUUUCUGCAGCGAAUGUGGUGCCACCCACCAAGCAGGUACAACCAGAUGAAAUUAACUGAGCAAUUUUGGGUAGGGACUCCUGAAUUCCUGUGUUAGCCUCACUUCACCCUUGUUCUUGCCUGGAUUCACUUAGCAUUUACAUGCUAAGGGGAUCACCAUUGGCAUCUGUGUUACUUCAUCGGUAAAUUCUGGCCCGUUGGCUCCUGCAAAGUGAGUGAUGUGUGAAAUCAUCCAUUAAUAGCUCUUGAUUUGCUUGAAAGUCACUCGAGAGGCAAAGCCAAUAGUUUCUAGUUAGAAACACAUUGGGAAUUGCA